UGGAAUCUGCCUCUGCGCGUCUCUUCGCUUUGCUUUGUUUUGCUUUUGCUUUCUUUUCUCUCUCUCUCUCUCUCUCUCUCACACACGCACACACACACAAAAACACAAAACCAUUAAACCAACACAACCUUCUUACACACACCCAAAACCACCGCCUUCUUUUCAAGCCCCUCUCUCUCUCUUUCUGUUCUCUUUUUCCUUUCCUCUCUCUGUCUCUCUGUGUCUCUCUCUCUCUCUCUCUCUCUCUCUCUCUCUCUCUCUCUCUUUCUCUAUCUAAUAUUAAUGGUUAGGGUUUCUUAAGAGCGUCUUCUUCCCUCCACAAAAUAUAUAUUUUAAUAUAAAAAUGUUGCAGAUAACCCCUUCUUCUCUCUGUGAAUUCUCAAUUUCCCAACUCCAAGAACUUUCUAGGUCAACCAUGGCUUGAUUCAGUUCAUUUCCUGGGACUCGUGUUGGGACUUUAAAGUCAAAUUCGAUUGGAUUGCAAAGUGGAUUUUUCUCCUCCUGUUCUUUUUGUUUCGUAUUUACUCGUCGAAUUUCUGUCUUCCCGUCGGAUCUGUAGGUACUUGGUGUUUUGUAUUGUUAUACAGUCUUCUGAGUUCCAAUCUGAUUGUGCUUUAGUGUUUAGUAAUGAGAUUGCGUAAGGCUUCGGCUAUCUCUCUACUGUGGUGGCAGUCUUGGAAUAGAAAUGUAUAAUGUUCCAGAACAUGGGAAUAAUGAGACUUACAUGAUUCAAGGUAUGGAAACAAACUUGCAUUUGACAAGUCCCUUUGAACAAGUCGAGGCUAUGUAUAGUGAAGGAACCCCUGAGUUUGUUGUUGAUCAGGGUUUGUAUUAUCCCACUGCCACCAACUAUGGGUAUUACUGUACAGGAAUUGAAUCACCCAGUGAAUGGGAGGACCAUAGGAUUUUUGGUGUAGAUGGUCCUGAUGUUCAGUAUGCGGGUACACUAAAUGAAAAUUUGCCUUAUGUAUAUUAUACGCCUACCUAUGGAUACACACAAUCUCCAUACAACCCGUACAAUCCUUACAUACCUGGUGCUAUGAUAGGAGUUGAUGGCCCAUUUGUAGGGGCACAACAGUACUACUCGGUUCCCCCUUACCAAAAUGCUGUAUCUUCACCUGCUUAUAUCCCUGUUGUUGUUCAACCAGAUAGUGUCCCUAAUAGUUCGCCUGACUCACUGUUUGAUGCUGGAACCUCAUUUAGUAGAUCCGAUGCAAGAGGGCUAAAGUACAACUUUAAUUCAGCUUCUGGAGCCUUUCCUAACUCGACUAAAACUGCUUCAACUCAGAAAAAUCCCUUGACAACGAUGACUGAAGGGCCAAGACCUACCAUUGGACCAAGCAAGCAAGCUGCAACUUAUGGAAGUUUGCCUUCUGCUAGUUUUUCCUCUCCAGCUUCAGCUUAUUCUCUUCAGGGUAGAAAUUCAUCUGGUUCUAUUCCAUCUGCUGAUAACCUUUCUGAUGGGAAGAUUUUGUCUCAUCAUAACCAAUUGAAAGUUGCUCUCCCUGGUAAUAAUGGGUUAACUGAAUUUGGCUCAAGUACUCAUGGGCGGGCAGCAGGAGGUAAACUUCGACCAAAGAUCCAUGUUGGCAGAGGUCUGAAUGAUAUUAAUAGUAGCCCAGAUGCAUUAAGCGAGCAGAAUCGGGGGCCUAGAGUCAACAGAUCAAAAAAUGAGUUGGCUGUUAAAGCCUACACUACUAAGGCAGGACAUACUAAUGCACAAGGAAACAUCAUUAUCCAUACCGAUCAAUAUAACAAGGAUGAUCUUCCAGUUGAAUAUGCAGAUGCAAAGUUUUUUGUGAUAAAGUCUUACAGCGAGGAUGAUGUUCACAAGAGCAUCAAAUAUAAUGUUUGGUCAUCUACACCGCAUGGCAACAAGAAACUAAAUAAUGCAUAUGAAGAUGCUCAGAGGAUAGCUGCAGGGAAACCUAGAGGCUGUCCUAUCUUCUUGUUCUUUUCAGUUAAUGUGAGCGGCCAAUUUUGUGGUGUUGCGGAGAUGACUGGUCCUGUUGACUUCAGUAAGGAUAUGGAUUUUUGGCAGCAAGAUAAAUGGAGUGGGAGUUUCCCUGUGAAGUGGCACAUUAUUAAAGACGUUUCGAAUGCUAGUUUAAGGCACAUCAUAUUGGAGAACAAUGAGAACAAGCCAGUUACUAAUAGCAGAGAUACACAAGAGGUCACAUAUAAGAAAGGCCUGGAGAUGUUAAAAAUAUUCAAGAAUCACACUUUGAAGACUUCUUUACUUGAUGACUUUAUGUAUUAUGAAAAUCGUCAGAAAAUUAUGCAGGAAGAGAAAGCCAGAUUGCUUGUUAGAAGCUUUGAGAGCCCCUAUUUUGUACCGGCAGCUUUGGGUCCCCCUCGGAAGCUAAAUUGUGUUGUUGAGCUGCCUCCAAGUGAAGUAGAAAAUGUUAGUAACCUAAGCGAUGAUCCUACCAGCUUGAAAAGGACAUCUGUUUCUUCAUCUGAGAAGGUUUCUUCUGAGUCCAAUGUCACUGACACUACUAUUGCAAGAAAUGAAAUUCCAGAGCAGAUAGCUGUUGAAGCAAAAGACAAUGUAUCUACCUUAAAAAUUGGUUCGCUCACUAUACACUCGAGGCAGGGUGAUUCUAAACCUUCAAUUGCUGCUAAUAUAGAACCUUUUGAUGCUGUCACGGCAGGUUCAGUGCCUCAAAAGAUCAAUGGGAUUACUGAAUCUUCUGGCAUUUUAACAGUUGGGACAAUCCCACUUGAUCCAAGAGCGCUAUUGGUUGACAAGGGAGCUGGGGGGCUGUUAAAAAAUGGGUCCCAACAGUAAACGAUGGAGGUUUUCUUCACAUAAUUAUUAUUUUGUUGGAAUUAUUUUUAGUUUUGUAUGUGAUCCCGAGCGUACAUCGUACAACACUCGCUCAUCAUUAUAGGUAGUGAGUACGAUGUAAUACUGAAUUUCAGGUUCGGUGAUUUUCUGUUGUCCCUCACCCGCGUUAUUUGGUCUUUCUUGUUUCUGGUCCAGACUGACACUGAUAUUUUUUUUUCCCCUUCAAAAAGGUUCUUUGGCCGCCAAAAUUAAAUGGAAAUACAGUGAAAUGUUUUCUUU